CCCGACCCCGACCGUUCAUCGCGGCUACAUUGUGAAGAUUCGGCGACGAGGAGCCCGUUUCCCCAUAAGCAGCAGCGCAAAAUCGAACCUUCGCAAGGAGGAAAGCACAAUCUCGGAUACAUAAUCCUCAUAAAAAGACAUCACAGAAUAAUCCUUUCGUGAAAUACACACUCCUAUCUAUAUACGUGUGUAUAUUUCCAUAUGUGCAUUCUUGUAUAUGUAUGACAAGUCAUACAUAUUACAUAUGCAGUAAUAAUUGCACCUGAAUGAGCGGAUAUUUAGAAAAUAUGAAAGGCAGCAAUAGCAAAGAUGGUGCCUUGAGUCCAGAACAUGACAUAAUUAUAAAUCUGACGUCGCCAACUGAAAACAAGUUCCUGCCAUAUUCAUUUAAAUUGCCCGGAGCGUCGAUCAAACAGUAUCCACGGAAAAAUAGAUUUCGAUUUCAGUACAAAAUGAAAAAGUUCUGCAUUGUUGGUACUACCAAUACGGAUAAUUCGCUACACUCGUCAAAUUCAAGUUCGGACGAUUCUUAUGAUAUAUACAAGUCAGAUUCCAGAUCGGCUAAGAUAAUGAGAGCACUUAGUUCGAAUUCUAGCCGGGAGGACUUAGGAAUAAGAAAAUUAUUGAACUUUGACUCGACUCCGAGUCCAAAGAACAGCAGUUACGAGAAUUCCGUCAGUCCCAUUAACGCUAAUACAUCGCCAUCCACAUUAAAUUCAAGUUUGACCGAUUCCAUCGACAGUAAUGUCCCGACUGCGGAAUCUAUCGACGAAAAUCAGAAUCAAACGCCUCAACAUAAUCGGAAACAUAUUAAGACAUCGAGCAAGAGAACUGAUGUAAAAGAAAAUACGUUGUCAAGAUCAUCUCAAGUAAUGAGGUUGCUUUCAAAGGAUGGAAAGGAAAGAACUGACAAGGAUGCAAAUCACAGAAUAUCUUUACAUCCCUUUUGCUCGUUAAAUAGUGGAUUGAACAGGCCCAGCCGUGUUAUAACUGCAAGUACACCCAGGAAUUUGUCUCAGGAAUUUAACCAGGAAGUACUCGAUAGGCCACAUACACCUGAAAAUAUAAUAAACAUAAUUCCGGAAAGUAUAAGUGCCAUCAAGAAGAGCCACAAGAAGGAAAAAUUGUAUUGUCAUGAAGAACAAUCAUCUACUCAACAAAAGGAUGUUCCCGUAAAAAAUGAUGACUUACAUUCAAGAACGACAGAAUCUUCGGGAAUAGAUGUAAAUGCUGAAACUAAUGCCACUUCUGAAAGUGAAUCUCAGAAGAAAAAUAGAAAUCCUAAGAGAACGCUUAUUUACAAUUUUGAUGAUGAACGUCUCGAUAUUGGAUCAGAUUUUGAUUGCAGUAUGCAGGAAGCGACGGGAACUGAUUCAUUGGAAAGCGGAUUGGACCAAAUACAAAGUGAUGAAACGCAGGAUAUUGAUUUCAACGAUUGCGUGAGUCAUGAAGAAAAUAUGCAAGUUAGUAUACAUCUCGCAGAUGACGAUGAAGAGAAAAAAGAUCGUUCCAAAGAGAAUGUUUGUAAUGAAGAAGCAAGUCCGCUAUCUUUGCAGGAAGAAUCUUCAGGUAUUUGUAAUGUCAAUGCGACGAGCGAAAAUAGAAUGGCAUCUCCAGAAUCUAAUCCAAUUAUUUCUCAAGACGCUAGCAAAGUAGUUACACCCGAAAACCACGUAAACGUGUUGAAGCACGUGUUAACAGAAUCGAUUAAGAAGUCGCAUAAGAAAUUGAAACAUGGAAAUAGAAAAACAUUGUUUAAAACGAAAGAUCAAGAAAUGGAAUUACCGAAAUCUGAAAUGUCACUCGAGGAUGCUUGUAAUGAUGAUCAAGAUAAAAGUCAAACGGCUAAUGCGAUUUGCGUCUCAAGUCCGCAGAAUUUCGAAUUUGAUCGACCAAGCACACCUGAAAAUGUAAAUUCAAGUAGACUCUUACUGCUUGGUUUUAAUUCGGUUAAAAAGUCACAUAAAAAAGACAAACGUAGCAAAAGAACUUACAGUUUUGCUGAAUGCCAUCACGAAUAUCGUAAGAGAAGUAAUGAUUCAUUACAAAGUAGUCGAGAUGAAGAGGAAAAUAUUGACGGAAUCUCACGCAGGAAUGAGUCUCUUGGAGUAGAAGAAUCUCCUAGCAUGUCGCCCGAAAAAAAGAAGAAGCCAAGGAGUAUGUCCCUGCUGAGUAGCACACCCAAGAUGCCAAGCGCCUUUGUGUCUUUAGGAUGUAAAAGUAUAGAUGACGAAGUUCAGAUUUAUACUCCUAUUAAAAAACCACCAGUUUUGCUCACUGUCACGGAUUACGUUCUCGCGGACGAGAUGUCGCAGAAGAGAGAUGAAUCUGCGCAAUCAACGUCGAACGAAAUUGAUUGUUCCAGAUGCGUGACACCAGUCGCACGUUUCAAGGAAUUGAGAAAAAACGAAGAUCUUGCAUCGAAACGCGAUAAUGCUACAGAAUUUGAGACUGAUGUAAGCGUUUUGAAAACAGCGGAUACUGUCAAUCUGAAAGACAAAAAUGGUAGAUCAACUCCAAUAAAUAUGUCGACGGUGGAGCUACUUCAUAACAUAGAUUCUAUUAAAAAAUCACAUAAGAAAGAUAAGCAUAACCAUAGCAGGAGACCAACUUCAAAGAAGAAACGAUCGUACAUCCAAGAGAGUAGACACGUCAGUUUCACAGAUAGCGAGAAGAUGUUGGAAGAACAUACAGCUUUGUCUCUGAAGCAUCAUGUCGACACUCCUUGCGCCGAAAAGGAAAUAUGCAGUAUUAUGUGUGAAAAAGAGGGAGAGAAAGCUUGUAAAGAGACUGAUUACGACGAUCCUCAACCGUCCACAAGUCGAGGAGCAGAUGAUGUUCAAAGUGUAAAAAAUACCACAGUAUCCAAGUUUCUGAAUACGACACCUCCAAAUAGCUCGAACGCGAUCAAGUUCAUCAAACUGCAGCAUAGGACUUCCAUUAAAAGGUCCCACAAAAAGGAACGUGACAUGAACGCACAAACCAAGUACAUUUUUAUGAGCCAGGAACCCGAGUCGGACGAUGGAUCGAUAUUCGACGAAGAGGAUAGAUUGAGUUUUAUGACUAUGAACGAUAGUAAUACUGAAAUAACGACGAUACAACUGACGAAGACGAGCGUUCCGUACAAAAACGUCAGUGCCAAUGAGAUGCCGACCACUCAACAACUGAUUGGUCGAUCCCAUUCAUGGACGAACGGGAUAAACGCAAAAUCGCGCCCAUCUAGCGAUCUCAAACUCACGGCCGUGAAACGGACGCGGCCGCCUUUGGAGUCCUCGUUACGAGGUCUCGGAGUCACCGCCGAGGCCCCGCGCAGGCCUCGCAGUAAACGCGCGACCAAGGCUGAAAUAGAAUCCGACAUGUCCGACUCUGGUACGGACAGUUCCUCGGAGGGAUAUGACGAAGGCAGGAAUCGGCUUGCUUCGGCCAGAGAUGAGGUAACAUCGUCACACUACUCGCAUCACUCCUCCGGAUCGGAGCGACGAAAGUCCGCCGCGAGUUCUAUCUUCUCCGGCGGGAAGUCUCCUCGAUCGCCGUUAUCAGGCGACGAGUCCAAGUCGCCACGAUCCACCCCGUUAUCGCCGAAAUCGCAGCGAUCCGGGAUAAUGUCUCCCAGUGAAGAAGGCUCCCCGAGGUCGAUCCGUAGUUUGUCAAAGUCUCCACCGCUGUCACCCUUAUCGCCUUAUGGCCCGCCCAAAUCGCCGGCAUACAACCCAAACGACUCGUCCAACCACUCGGGAAAUAACUCUCCCGCUUCACCCCCAUCGUAUCGCAGCUUGUCUCGAUCGCCCGUACAGGACAAUGGGUCGUGUCUCUCCCCUUCGAACGAUUCCAAGUCUAUGCGCUUCGGAGACACCGAGUCGAAGGCGUCUGACCUCGAAGCGGAUACGCAAAGAUCUGCUGACAAUUCAUUAAAGUCAUACUCAUACAAGAAUAGCGAGUCCAGGCAAAGUUCGCCAAAGUCACCCAGAUCGGGUCCGAGUUCCGUCAAGUCCUUAAUAUCGGCGAGCUCGCCGAAGUCGUUCAAAUCCGGUCCGGCGUCUCCUAUGGAUGAUCAAGAAUCGGAUAAACCCUCACCGGCGCAUUCAGGCCCUCGGUCUCCCGAAGACGAAAAGAACGGGUCGUAUAACGAAUUGGACGGCGAGCAAAUCUCGGAUGGAGAUAUUGAAGACGAACCAGAGCCCAUGUCUAAAUCUAAACCUACACCUAUGACUCAUGGCGAGGAUUUGUCGGACGUAUCAGAUCUUGAGAGUAUGGACGGUGCUGAAGAGUCCGCUGAACAGAACGCAGAAACAAACAAGGCUCAAGAACAGGAUGCCAAACAAGAAACCAAUAAUGACGAAGAAAGUACAGGAAAGGAAGACAAAAUUGCACCAGUUGGGUUGACAGAGGAAAGUGAGCAACUAGAUUUUGAAGCCGAUGGUCAAUGGAAAGAUGAGCGUGACGAAGGUGAAACUGAGGCGCCUAUUGCGAAAGAGACUAAAGAUAACACAGAGAAAGAUAGCAAAGAUAAAGAUAAAGACAGGGAUAAGGCGAAGUCGAAAGAAUCUGGCGAGACGAACGAUAAAGAAGAAGGGGAAGAAGGGGAGAAAGAAGAAUCUGAAUUGGAGGAAGGGGAGCUUAGCGAUGGAGAUGAUGCACGACCGGAGGAGACUGAGCCGAGACCAGUGUGUCGUUUUUAUAGUCGGGGCCAAUGUACAUGGGGCGUUAGCUGUAGAUUUUUGCAUCCAGGAGUAACAGACAAAGGUAACUACACCAUGUUCGAUAUGGUGAGGCCUAUGGCAUAUCCGCCACACGCCGCCGCGCCACACGAAUAUAGAUCGCACAUCGACAGACCGAGUAUGCGAGCAUCAUUGCCCAGUUACGGUGCUCCUACACAUGCACCUAAAGUCGAAGAGACGCCGACUGAAUCUGCCUGGGAACGCGGUCUGCGACACGCCAAGGAAAUGAUGCGUAAAGCCAAUAAACGCAAAGAAUCGGACAUGGAUUUCGAAGAGAAGAAAAUGAACCUGAGUUUAGGACAGGAUGAAUUAGAUAGAGAGGCGGGAUACUAUGUGAGAGCCGCUAGUCCUGAGCCGCCGGUCGAAAGAUGGCCGCAACGGGAGGUACCGCGCAGAGUAUCAUCAUCUACCAGACUUACACCAGAAAGAUAUGUUGACGAGCCCGAAGGAUAUUAUCCUCCAUCCGCGUCAACCGACUAUUACAGGCGAGUACACUACAAAGAGUCUCGGGACUACCGGGAACGUUUUGAUUAUCAUGGUGCGAUUCCUCGUGGUGCGCAUUCGGUUUCUCCGCCACCGCAUAGUCGCGAUCGCGAGAGGGAACGAGAUCGUGAGCGCGAUAGAGAACGUGAUUAUUAUGAAAAGUACGAGAAGAAGCAUAAACGGCCAUCGCGGGAAGUCAUUGUAGAGCGUAUUCCUCCGACGAAACCUUGGCGAGAGGAAGAGCCACCUCCUGCCGAAAGGAGUAGAGGCGACGAAUGGGCAGAUCCAUGGAUGCGACGCAAGUCCCCGAGCACCGUACGCCGCAAUACAUCGUCUCGUCGAUCCCGGCGGCAGUCUUACUCUUCCGGCUCUUCAUAUUCUUCAACGAGUUCUAGCCGUAGCUCCAGUCGUUCUAGCUACAGUUCUUACGACUCCCUAUCCAGGUCUCGCUCACCCUCCCCGCCAUCUAGAACCCGUUCUGCUGGCAAAAGCAAAUCCACUGUUCUUACUUCACCACCUACAAAUCCCCCGGCUGUCCCCGCAGCCACACCUCAACGAGGUGCUAUGCUAAUGAAUCCUCCCGCUCCCUCUCCUCGCCCACCCAAAGGUUCUAUCUCUCCUACGGGUACGUUGCAUCGACGGGCCGGAUUGAAUCCACCUGCCCCAAGCCCGCUCUCAUCUCAUCGUCAUCACGAAAAAGCCAGGGAGCAAAAGGCUGCUAUGGCUGCGGCUGCUGUGGCUAAGAUCAUUAAAAGUCGCUCUAGAUCUAGGUCAUCUCACAGUAGCUCAGGAUCGGAGAGCAGUGGAAGUAGUAGCGACUCGAGCGAAUCGAGUUACUCGUCGUCCUCGAGUGAGGCGCGUAGAAGAAAGGGUUCAACACCGCCGAUAACGCGUAAAGACUCCAAAGGCAUCGACGCUUUGAAGCUGAGCGGCGCGAAGCAGCAGAUUAAGCUAACACUGAAACCCACGAGCAACACCACAGCGGUGAAAAAGAUCGACCGUAGUGCACUUAUGGCAGGUAAAAAGCGGAGUAUCGAGUCACCGCCGUUAAUCGACAACAAAGCGCAAGUGGCCGCGGCGGCGGCCAAAGCCGCCAAGAAGGCGAGCUCGCGACGCGAGGAAUUAUUAAAACAACUAAAGGCCGUGGAGGAUGCGAUUGCGCGUAAAAGAUCGAAAGUUUAAAAUCAAUUCGAUUGAUGUCAGCGUGCGCUCUUUAUGAACAGGGAUCGAAAAUGGUAUAUCAAAUAUCAAUCUCAUGUAUAAUGAUAACCGGAAAAAAAGAUUGAUAUGAAUUCUGACAUGACAUAUAACGUAUAUCAAUAUACAGAUAAUUUUCCGGUAAAAUUAAUAAAUUAAUUAAAUUUGCAGCACUCAUAGAUAUGUAUUUUGCAAAAAAAUUUAUUAUAUAUUAAAUAUCGGGAUAUAUGUAAAGAUCUUUCUCAUACCUAUUAAUGAAAAACUAAACUUACCGAAAUUACAGAUUAUUUUCAUUUUUUGAAAGAUAAUACAAUUGUAAUUAGAUAUCGAUAUACAGUUACUAAUUAAAUCAUUUCGUUUCGGUAUUCGAUCUCUGUUCGUGAAUGUGGAUAAAUACGUAUGUAUUAAAUGUUAUCUAAGUACACUGUAUAAUUAGCUGCCAUCACCAUCACGAAAUAACGAAAUAUGUGAGGCCUGUUAGAUUGUGAUGGUAUAUAUAAGCAAAAAUGUUCUCAUUUUUACAAUACAGGGUUAAUUCCCAUUAUUUACGUUUUAUUUCUUCACUAAACUUCUCUUUUUCUUAGGUAGACGCUUGAACAUAAUAAUUGGUACUGUACAGUCUCGUCGCGAUUUUGUUUAAGUAACACUCGAGUGAUUAUUUUUAUGUAAAAUGUAAAACAUAAGAAAUACAUUACGCAUAUCGAGGAAGUAUACAACUUGCAUCUUAUUGCACAUGCAUAAUUAAUUAUAUCCAUGUUGGUUAACUGAAUUCUCGUUAACACAUGUGCGCAUAAUAAGUCUACAAUCGCGAUGAGUUACGAUUUUUCUAAAAGCCGAUUAGUGAGGUGAUAUUAACCGAUGUAAAUUAUAUCUCUGUACAAAUAUCUAUUAACAAAAAUGUCUACUUUUAUUCUAAUGUCAAAGUAUUAAACAUCGAUUGUCAAAGA